UUGCCGUAACCCCGGCGCUGCUGUUUCGUGCGCCCGUGGACCCGGAUGCGCCGAGCGGCGGCGGCGGCGGCGCGCUCGGGCCUCCCGGCUGUCCUGACGAGCGGAGCGCGGUUCGAGGUGUAGGGUGACUGGAACGGCGACAGCGGGGGGAAUAUUACAUUGGAUAGAAAAGGGAGGUGAUAAUGCACCAUGGCAGUGGUCCUCAGAAUGUCCAGCAUCAGCUGCAGAGGUCUAGGUCCUUCACUGGAAGUGAAGAGGAGCAGCCAACCCAUCCCAACUUACCCCCAUCGCCUGCAGCGCCUUUUGCUCCAUCAGCCAGCCCAUCUGCACCCCAGUCCCCUGGGUACCAGAUACAGCAGCUAAUGAGCAGAAGUCCUGUGGCUGGGCAGAAUGUGAACAUCACACUACAGAAUGUUGGCCCUGUUGUGGGAGGAAACCAGCAGAUCACACUGGCCCCUCUGCCACUGCCCAACCCCACCUCUCCAGGUUUUCAGUUUGGUGCACAGCAGAGGCGCUUUGAACAUGGCUCUCCAUCGUACAUUCAAGUUACUUCUCCCCUGUCGCAGCAGGUCCAGACUCAAAGCCCUACACAGCCUAGCCCUGGGCCAGGGCAGGCUCUGCAGAAUGUUCGUGCAGGUGCCCCAGGUCCUGGGCUGGGCAUCUGCAGCAGCAGCCCCACUGGAGGCUUUGUGGAUGCCAGUGUGCUUGUGAGGCAAAUCAGCUUAAGCCCCUCAAGUGGUGGUCACUUUGUAUUUCAGGAGGCACCAGGCCUGACGCAGAUGGCCCAGGGAGCUCAGGUUCAACUCCAGCAUUCAGGAGCCCCCAUCGCUGUCCGAGAACGGAGACUCUCCCAACCUCAUGCACAGUCGGGAGGCACUAUCCACCAUCUAGGGCCUCAGAGUCCUGCAGCUGCAGGAGGCACUGGAUUGCAACCUUUGGCCAGCCCAAACCACAUCACCACGGCCAGCCUGCCACCCCAAAUCAGCAGCAUUAUUCAGGGCCAGUUGAUACAGCAACAGCAGCAGGUGCUUCAGGGACAGCCACUGAACAGAUCUCUGGGAUUUGAGAGGCCACCAGGUGUGCUGCUCCCUGGCGUUGGGGGGCCUUCAGCAUUUGGGAUGACAUCCCCACCAACACCUACCAGUCCAUCCAGAACCACCAUGCCUCCAGGCCUUUCUAGUGUGCCUCUCACAUCUUUGGGAAGCUCAGGAAUGAAGAAGGCUCCCAAGAAGUUGGAGGAGAUCCCUCCAGCUUCCCAGGAGAUGGCACAGAUGAGGAAGCAGUGCCUGGACUACCACUACAAGGAGAUGGAGGCACUUAAGGAAGUCUUCAAGGAGUACCUGAUCGAACUGUUCUUCUUGCAACAUCUUCAGGGGAACAUGAUGGAUUUCUUGGCUUUUAAAAAGAAGCACUAUGCCCCUUUACAAGCAUAUCUUAGGCAGAAUGAUUUGGAUAUUGAAGAGGAGGAGGAGGAAGAGGAGGAAGAAGAGAAAUCUGAAGUUAUCAAUGAUGAGCACCAAGCCCUGACUGGGAGUCUAGUGGUGGGGGCUGGCAGUGCCACAGAAGCCGACCCCUUUAAGAGGCAGCAGGUGAUGCCACCUACAGAGCAGUCUAAGAGACCUCGUCUUGAAGUGGGUCAUCCAGGGGUAGUUUUCCAGCAUCCAGGGGUGAAUGCAGGAGUCCCUCUGCAGCAGUUAAUGCCGACAGUCCAAGGAGGGAUGCCCCCAACUCCUCAGGCUACACAGCUCACUGGACAGAAGCAGAGCCAGCAACAGUAUGACCCUUCCACAGGGCCUCCUGUGCAGAAUGCUGCCAGCUUGCAUACCCCACCGCCACAGCUCCCUGCGAGGCUGCCCCCGGCCAGUGUCCCAGCCACAGCCCUCCCUUCCACCUUACAGUUUUCACAGCAGUCACAGAUGGUGGAAGCUCCAACUCAGCUGCAAAUCCCAGUGAAGACUCAACAGCUGAAUGCCCCUAUCCCUGCCCCCCUGCCCAGCCAGCUUGCUGCUCCUCCUCCACAGCCUGCUCAGCCAGCCCUCCACGUUCCGAUGCCCGGGAAGGCGCAGAUGCAGACCUCUCAACUUUCUUCCCAGACCCAGACAGUAGCAUCGACCAGGCCCCCUCUGGACUCUACCCAGCCCUGCCAGCGGUCUCUGUCCACUUCCUCUUCUUCCUCAUCCCUUGUACCUGUGAGUGGCUCAGGCCCUGGACCCUCGCCUGCUCGUUCUUCACCAGUGAACAGACCCUCUUCUGCUACCAGCAAGGCUCUGUCUCCCAUCACUUCCCGGUCUCCAGGGGCAGCAGUGUCAGCUCCCCCCAAGCCACAGAGUCCUGCUCAGAAUGCAGCCUCAUCCCAGGAUGGUUCUCAGGAUAAGCUGGCAGAACAAAUAACACUGGAAAACCAGAUCCAUCAGCGAAUAGCAGAUUUAAGGAAGGAAGGCUUGUGGUCCCUAAGGCGGCUGCCAAAGCUUCAAGAGGCUCCUCGCCCUAAGUCUCAUUGGGAUUAUCUGCUGGAAGAGAUGCAGUGGAUGGCCACAGACUUUGCCCAGGAGCGGAGGUGGAAGUUGGCUGCUGCUAAGAAGCUUGUCAGAACUGUAGCCCGACAUCAUGAGGAAAGGAAACUUCGUGAGGAAAGAGGGAAGAAGGAAGAACAGAGCAGACUGAGACGCAUUGCUGCUACCACUGCCCGUGAAAUAGAAUAUUUUUGGUCAAAUAUUGAACAGGUUGUGGAAAUAAAACUACAAGUAGAAUUAGAAGAGAAAAGGAAAAAAGCCUUAAAUUUACAGAAAGUUUCCAAAAGAGGGAAAGAAUCCAGACUAAAGGGAUUUGAUACAUCACCAGAACACUUCCUGGAUCUAGGACUACCUGGGAGGAAAAGAAAAGCUAGCACAUCUUUGACUGACGAUGAAGUGGAAGAUGAAGAAGAGACCAUCGAAGAGGAGGAAGCACAUGAAGGGCUUGUAGACCACCACACAGAACUUUCUAAUCUGGCCAAAGAAGCUGAAUUGCCCUUAAUUGAUUUGAUGAAGUUGUAUGAAGGUGCCUUUCUGCCAAAUUUUCAGUGGCCACAGCCUGAGCUUGAUCAUGAAGAGUCAAGCGGGGAAGAGGAUGUGGAUGACUGUCCUAGUGACAGGGAGAGCCGCAGGGACUCAGUUCUCAUUGACUCACUCUUCAUAAUGGAUCAGUUUAAAGCUGCGGAGAGAAUGAACAUUGGAAAAUCCAACACCAAGGACAUCACAGAAGUUACUGCUGUGGCUGAAGCCAUUCUCCCUAAGGGCAGUGCCCGGGUCACAACUGCGGUGAAGUUUAGUGCUCCAUCUUUGCUUUAUGGUGCUCUCCGAGACUAUCAGAAGAUAGGCCUUGACUGGUUGGCCAAGCUAUACCGGAAGAAUCUCAAUGGCAUAUUAGCUGAUGAAGCUGGGCUUGGGAAAACUGUGCAGAUCAUUGCUUUCUUUGCUCAUCUUGCAUGUAAUGAAGGUAAUUGGGGCCCUCAUCUUGUUGUCAUGAGGAGUUGUAACAUACUCAAGUGGGAGCUUGAGUUGAAACGCUGGUGUCCUGGCCUCAAAACUCUUUCUUAUGUUGGCAGCCACAGAGAACUCAAAGCAAAGAGACAGGAGUGGACUGAGCCCAACAGCUUCCACAUCUGCAUCACAUCCUAUAAGCAGUUCUUCAGGGGCUACACUGCCUUCUCAAGGGUGCACUGGAAAUGCCUUGUCAUUGAUGAAAUGCAGCGAGUGAAGGGUAUGACUGAGCGGCAUUGGGACGCCAUCUUCAAAUUGCAGAGCCAGCAACGCCUGCUUCUGAUCGACGUGCCUCUGCACAACACUUUCCUGGAGCUCUGGACCAUGGUACACUUUCUCAUUCCUGGUAUCUCCAGGCCUUACCUGAGCUUCCCCCUGAAGGCUCCCAACGAGGAAAACCAGGAUUACUAUCACAAAAUGGUCAUAAGAUUACACAGGGUCACACAGCCAUUUAUUUUGAGGAGAACCAAGAGAGAUGUGGAGAAACAGCUGACCAGGAAGUAUGAGCAUGUUUUAAAGUGCCGCCUUUCUAGUCGGCAAAAGGCCUUGUAUGAGGAUGUCAUCCUACAACCUAGGACUCAGGAAGCUCUGAAGAGUGGGCACUUUGUCAGUGUCUUGAGUGUCUUGACACGACUACAGCGGAUCUGUAACCAUCCUGGACUGGUAGAGCCACGGGUACCAGGCUCCUCCUAUGCAGCAGGCUCUCUGCAGUAUCGGUCAGCCUCUCUAGUUCUCAGAGUUCUGGAGAGAGAGUUCUGGAAGGAAACCGAUCUUUCUAUAUUUGAUCUCAUUGGGCUAGAAAAUAAAAUCACUCGCCAUGAGGCUGAAUUACUGUGUAAGAAAAAAGUGACUCGGAAACUCAUGGAGGAAGUCUUUGCUUCACCACCUCCAACAGCCCGGCCAGCAGCCAUGAAGCUCAAGGCCAGCAGGUUAUUUCAGCCUGUGCAGUACGGCCAGAAGCCCGAGGGUCGCACCGUGGCAUUCCCCAGCACACAUCCACCUCGGAUGGCAACCACCAAUGCAGCCACUGCUGCCCCACAGGGCCAGGUUCGAGGACGGCCACCGAUUGCUACCUUUUCUGCCAACCCAGAUGCAAAAGCAGCAGCAGCCCCGUUUCAGAACUCUCAGGCUUCCAUCGGUGCGCCUCGACACCAACCCACCUCGACCUCCAGCACAGCAGCAGGCCCAGCCCAUCCUUCGAAACUGCGGGCUCAGACCGCUGUCCAGGCCUCCACCCCAGGCCCACCCCUGCCCCCGCCCCAGGCCCCCUCGCUGGUGGCCGGGCAGAGCGCACCGCCCCAGCGGCUGGUGCUUACCUCGCAGGCCCAGGCCCGCUUGCCCAGUGGGGAAGUAGUGAAAAUAGCUCAGCUGGCAUCCAUUGCAGGGCCACAGAGCCGUGUUGCCCAGCCAGAGACACCUGUGACACUGCAGUUCCAGGGAAACAAGUUCACCUUGUCACAUAGCCAGCUGCGGCAGCUAACAGCAGGCCAACCUCUGCAGCUGCAAGGUAGUGUACUCCAGAUCGUGUCAGCCCCUGGGCAGCCCUACCUGCGAGCCCCUGGCCCCGUGGUGAUGCAGACCGUGUCUCAGGCAGGCGCUGUGCAUGGCGCCCUGGGAAGCAAGCCCCCAACCAGUGGCCCUAGCCCCGCACCCUUGACCCCACAAGUUGGUGUUCCGGGUCGAGUAGCAGUGAGUGCUAUGGCUGUUGGAGAACCUGGGCUAGCUUCCAAACCAGCGUCUCCUGCUGCAGGGCCCACCCAGGAGGAAAAAAACAGACUUUUGAAGGAACGGUUGGACCAGAUGCAUUUUGUCAAUGACCGGCGCUGUUCCCAAGCUCCAGUGUAUGGGAGAGACUUGCUGAGGAUUUGUUCCCUGCCUGGCAGAAGGAAGAGGCCUUUGUGCUGGUCUUUGGAUAGCAACCUGGGGAAGGGUUCCAGAGCAGCAAACUGUUACUCAUCAGCCUCAAAAAGCAAAGGAGAUCUGAUUGUGACAUUGAGUCAGCGUCAAGAAUCUCUUCAGGAUGUUCUUGACAGGGUGGCCUGUGUGAUUCCUCCAGUAGUGGCUACACCACCCUCCCUGUGGGUGGCGAGGCCACCCUCACUGUAUAGCAACAGGUUGCAAGCUCUGAGGCAGUGCUUGAGGGAGCACACCCGCCCCUACCACCGGCAGCUGCAGCAGCUCACAACGCUACGCUCACUGCAGUUCCCAGAGCUGAGGCUGGUACAGUUCGACUCAGGGAAGUUAGAAGCUUUAGCAAUCCUGCUACAGAAACUGAAAUCUGAAGGACGUCGAGUGUUGAUUUUAUCGCAGAUGGUUCUUAUGCUGGACAUUUUAGAGAUGUUCUUGAACUUCCAUUAUCUCACCUAUGUACGGAUUGAUGAAAAUGCCAACAGUGAACAACGGCAGGAGCUGAUGAGGAGUUUCAACAGAGACAGGAGGAUUUUCUGUGCCCUUCUCUCUACCCAUAGCCGUGCCACUGGCAUAAACCUUGUUGAGGCUGACACCGUGGUAUUUUAUGACAAUGACCUAAAUCCUGUUAUGGAUGCCAAAGCCCAGGAGUGGUGUGAUAGAAUUGGAAGGUGCAAGGACAUCCAUAUAUACAGGCUUGUCAGUGGCAAUUCUAUUGAAGAGAAAUUGUUGAAAAAUGGAACUAAAGAUUUGAUACGGGAAGUAGCUGCUCAGGGAAAUGACUACUCGAUGGCAUUCUUGACUCAGCGAACUAUCCAGGAGCUGUUUGAAGUAUAUUCACCCAUGGAUGAUGCCGGCUUUCCUGUGAAAGCUGAAGAAUUCGUGGUGCUUUCUCAGGAACCCUCUGUCAGCGAAACCAUCGCACCCAAGAUUGCGAGACCUUUCAUAGAGGCCCUCAAGAGCAUUGAGUAUCUGGAGGAAGACGCCCAGAGGUCCACAGCAGAAGCUAUGCCUGGAUCCAGCACUGGAGUUGUGUCCUCAGACUCAGACAGUCCUAGAUAUGAGGAGGAGCCAUCCCAGCUGGAAGAGCUGGCUGACUUUAUGGAACAGCUUACACCAAUUGAAAAAUAUGCAUUGAAUUACUUGGAAUUGUUCCAUACGACCAUUGAACAAGAAAAAGAGAGAAGCAGUGAGGAUUUGGUGAUGGCAUCAGUGAGGGACUGGGAAUUCCGCAAUGCUAGGGCCCUACAGGAAAGGGAGGUCCAGCUGCAGCUUGAACAGGAAGAGGCAGAGCUUCUCACCUACACUCGGGAGGACGCCUACAGCAUGGAGUAUGUUUAUGAAGAUGCUGAUGGGCAGACAGAAGUCAUGCCGCUCUGGACACCACCCACUCCUCCUCAGGAUGACAAUGACAUCUACAUUGACUCAGUUAUGUGUCUCAUGUAUGAGACCACACCUAUCCCAGAAGCUAAGCUGCCUCCUGUUUAUGUGAGGAAGGAGCGCAAGCGACACAAAACAGAUCCAUCAGCUGCAGGCAGGAAGAAGAAGCAGCGGCAUGGUGAGGCAGUAGUCCCACCACGAUCUUUGUUUGACCGGGCGACACCUGGCAUGUUGAAAAUCCGACGUGAAGGCAAGGAGCAGAAGAAGAACCUGCUGCUGAAGCAGCAGACACCCUUCGCCAAGCCUCUGCCUACCUAUGUCAAGUCCUCAGGGGAGCCUGCCCAGGACAGUCCCGACUGGCUCAUUGGCGAGGACUGGGCCCUGCUACAGGCUGUAAAGCAGUUACUUGAGCUGCCAUUGAACCUCACGAUUGUGUCACCUGCCCACACUCCUAAUUGGGACCUUGUCAGUGACGUUGUCAAUUCCUGUAGCCGAAUCUACCGCUCUUCUAAGCAGUGCCGGAAUCGUUAUGAGAACGUCAUCAUUCCCAGAGAAGAGGGGAAGAGUAAAAACAACCGUCCACUCCGCACCAGCCAGAUUUAUGCCCAGGAUGAGAACGCCACUCACACCCAGCUGUAUACAAGCCACUUUGACCUGAUGAAAAUGACAGCUGGCAAGAGAAGCCCCCCAAUCAAGCCUCUGCUUGGCAUGAAUCCGUUUCAGAAGAACCCCAAGCAUGCCUCUGUGCUGGCAGAAAGUGGAAUCAACUAUGACAAGCCAUUGCCUCCCAUUCAAGUUGCUUCUCUCCGUGCAGAGCGAAUUGCAAAAGAGAAAAAGGCUUUGGCUGAUCAGCAGAAGGCACAGCAGCCACCAGUGACACAGCCGCCCCCACAGCAGCAGCAGCAACAGCAACCCCCACCACCUCCACAGCAGCCACCACCACCACUGCCACAGCCACAGGCAACAGGCAGCCAGCCACCAGCAGGACAGCCUGCUGUCCAACCCCAGCCCCAGGUCCAGGCCCAGCCACAGCCUGUGCAGGCACAGUCAAAGGGGCAACCUACGAUGACAACUGUAGGCAGUGCUGCUGUGCUGGCAGGAACCAUUAAGACAUCAGUCACUGGAACAAGCAUCCCAACAGGCACUGUGAGUGGAAAUGUGAUUGUGAACACAAUAGCGGGUGUACCUGCCGCUACCUUCCAGUCCAUUAACAAGCGUCUGGCAUCACCUGUGGCUCCUGGAGCUUUGACUACAUCUGGAGGUUCUGCUCCUGCUCAGGUGGUCCACACCCAGCAACGAGCAGUUGGUUCCCCAGCCACUGCCACCACUGACCUGGUGUCCAUGACAACAACUCAGGGUGUUCGAGCAGUCACUUCCGUGACAGCCUCAGCUGUGGUCACUACCAACCUGACUCCAGUACAGACCCCAACCCGGUCUUUAGUGACCCAAGUGUCCCAAGCCACAGGAGUUCAACUACCUGGAAAAACCAUCACUCCUGCUGCCCAUUUCCAGCUUCUUAGGCAGCAGCAGCAACAGCAGCAGCAGCAGCAGCAACAGCAGCAACAGCAGCAGCAGCAGCAGCAGACCUCCCAGGUGCAAGUUCCACAGCUCCAGGGCCAGGCCCAGUCCCCUGCACAGAUCAAAGCUGUGGGCAAGCUGGCACCGGAACAUAUCAUCAAGAUGCAGAAACAGAAGAUGCAGCUGCCACCACAGCCCCCAACACCGCAAGCCCAGCAAGGUCCCCCACAGCAGCCGGCACAAGUGCAAGUGCAGACCCCACAGCCCCCACAGCAGCAACAGAGUCCUCAGCUCACCACUGUCACAGCCCCACGGCCUGGGGCUUUACUCACGGGCACCACCGUGGCCAACCUCCAGGUGGCCCGGCUUACCCGGGUCCCUACUUCUCAGCUGCAGGCACAAGGGCAGAUGCAAACUCAGACGCCUCAACCUGCUCAGGUGGCUUUGGCAAAACCUCCAGUGGUAUCUGUCCCAGCAGCUGUGGUCUCCUCACCAGGGGUCACGACCCUGCCUAUGAAUGUUGCAGGGAUCAGCGUGGCAAUUGGACAGCCACAAAAAAACAGCGGGCAGACUGUCGUGGCCCAACCUGUGCAUGUUCAGCAGCUGCUGAAGCUCAAGCAGCAGGCAGUACAGCAGCAAAAGGCCAUCCAGCCACAAGUUGCCCAGGGCCAGGCUGCUGUCCAGCAGAAGCUAACCACCCAACAGAUCACUGCUCAGGGCCCACAGCAGAAGGUUGCCUAUGCUGCCCAACCAGCCCUUAAAACCCAGUUUCUGACCACACCCAUCUCUCAAGCCCAGAAACUGGCUGGGACUCAACAGGUGCAGACACAAAUCCAGGUUGCAAAACUUCCUCAAGUUGUGCAGCAACAAACACCUGUGGCUAGCAUCCAGCAGGUCGCAUCAGCUUCUCAGCAGGCUUCUCCACAGACAGUGACACUCACACAGGCAACAGCAGCAGGACAACAGGUGCAGAUGAUCCCAACCGUAACUGCAACAGCCCAGGUGGUGCAGCAGAAGCUCAUUCAGCAGCAGGUCGUAACUACAGCCUCUGCCUCACUGCAGACCCCUGGUGGUCCAAGCCCAGCACAGCUUCCAGCCAGCUCCGACAGCCCAAGCCAGCAGCCCAAGUUGCAGAUGCGAGUCCCUGCUGUGAGGUUGAAGACACCCACCAAGCCUCCAUGCCAAUAGGAAGGAAACUGGUUGGUACUGUGGCAAGACUGUUUUAUCAGAAUGUUAUACUGUUUCUGGACUUUGGGAUCUGCUGCCUCGGUUGGCCCAAGUUGUUUGACUUUCUCCUAUGUGUAUGGGCUAGCUGACAGUUGCAGUCUUUAGUGGUUUCACUGUUUGGUGAGUGCCCGCCAUCAGUCUUUUUAAAAGCCCUUUAGAGUUUAAUAGUGCACACUACUUAGUACGUGGUAGGGGCAGCAUGUCCUACAUCAGGCUCUAGCUCAGAUAUGGUCUUUGGUGCCAUUGUUCAGGGAGACACAACAUAGGCUUUCAGCAAGAGAGAUGACAGCAGACCACCAGAGCCUCUCCUUUGGUCCGGUAGGGCACGAAGUCCUGGAUUGCAUCAUCAGCACCCAUCUUGCCCCAGUGAGCAAUUGCUUUCCUUUGACUGAGGCUCUGGGACUGACACCAUCUCUGUAUAGCCCUUUUACAGUAUUCUUGUGGCAAGCUAGUGUGGCUCUCAGGUACUGAACACAUGUAUAUAUGUGGCAGGUGAGGCAGCCUGGGGUAGUUGGUGCCAAGGUUAGCUGUUCCCUUACUGUUGUUCUCUAGUCUGGAGAACUUAAUUCUCCUUAGGAAAGCAUCUGUUGUGCCAUCCCCCAGCAGCUCUUUAUGGGUUUUAGAUGUCUUGACUAAGCAACAACUAGUAUGCCUGGUUGUACCUAUCAUGGCUGUUGCAGUGACAGGCCUGCAGUUUAAGGAGAAAGGGUUAGAAUGGAAUUCAGGCCUAUGUUCACUCUUCUUACCACUGUAAGGUGACUUGUGUGGCAUAUGGGCAUAACAGGCUGAUUGUGCCUUCUUACCUGCCAGAGUUUAAGGUUCAUGUUCCACAUCAGUGCCUGUUUUAUGGCCUGAAGUUACAGCAGCCUUGAAGACAGAGUUGUUUAUUGUUUGAGUAUUCUUCCCUGUCAUGUCCAUCCCGCCUUUUGUGUGCUGUGUGAGCAGGAAUAUGACAAUACAUCCUGAAGCCCACCUAGAACUCACUUUUGAGGUCUUAAUGUGAAAGUAGCAAUUAGGUGUUGAAAAACCUGAAGAGGUUUAAUAUUUCCUGAACUAUAAACCUGUCCUAUAUGUGAUCUACAAGCAACAAUCCCAUCAUUUUGGCUUGGUGUGUGCUGUUGAGGGAAGAACCUUUGGAGUUCCCUGGCUUCCAGCAGCAAUUCCUGUUCCCCAUAGUCUUCAGACAGAACUGAGUUCAAUGGAGUCCUCUCUCAACAUCACACUCACCCUUCUCCAUCCUUCCCACUGUUGUGACAGCACACCUUAGUGUGCCCAAGCCAAGUGGUUGAUGGGAGUCUUCAUUUUUGGCAGUUACUUUCAUUCAUUUUUCAACCAGAUAGCUUGUUUGUUUUGUUUUUUUUUUAAUGUAAGAAACAGGACUGAAAUUGUAAAUACUUUGUAAACACAAGCAUUUGUACUUGAAUAGGAUUUUAAAAGGACACUGAUGUCCUACCAAGCAAAGGCUAAUAAAAGUGACCUUUCUACA